CAGAUUUAUUUAUAUAAAUGUCAUAAGCAGUAGAAUUAUUUUUCGAAAUUUUUUCUAUCUGUUCUUGUGUAUUGUGUGAUUUCAAUGGAUCAACGUGAUGUUUUAUCAAUAAAGAAUCCUUUUCUUAGACCAUGGUUACGACAGUAUGGUGCUGCAGCUGCACCAGGUUCAGGAAAUAUUGGUGUUAAAGGAAUUAUAGCUGGAGGAAUAACAGGGGGUAUUGAAAUAUGUAUAACUUUUCCCACUGAAUAUGUUAAGACUCAACUUCAGUUAGACGAAAAAGGUGACAGAAAACAGUACGAUGGAAUAGUUGAUUGUGUUAAGAAAACUGUCAAAAGAUACGGUUUUUUUGGUUUGUACAGAGGAUUAAGUGUAUUGCUAUUGGGCUCUGUACCGAAAAGUGCAGUCCGGUUUGGUGCUUUCGAAAGUUUUAAAAAUCGUAUUAAGAAAUCAGAUGGUACUCUAACUCCUGCUGGUAGAUUACUCUGUGGGUUAGGUGCUGGUGUAAGUGAAGCAAUAUUAGUUGUUACUCCUAUGGAGACAAUCAAAGUAAAAUUUAUUAAUGAUCAAAGAUCGGCAGAACCACGAUUCAAAGGAUUAAUUCGUGGUGUAGGUACGAUUAUUAAAGAAGAAGGUUUGGGUGGUACAUACAAAGGAUUAACGGCGACUGUAUUAAGACAAGGAACUAACCAAGCUACACGAUUUUUCAUAAUGGAAACUUUUAAGGAUCAUUACAGAGGUGGAGAUAUCACCGUUAUAAUUCCAAAACCUAUUAUUGGUAUCUUUGGGGCCUUUGCCGGCCUUUGUUCUGUGUAUGUUAACAAUCCAAUCGAUGUAGUUAAAACAAGAAUGCAAGGUUUGGAAGCAAAGAAGUACAAAAGCACAUGGGAUUGCGCAGUAAGAGUUUUUACAAAUGAAGGUCCAAAAGCGUUCUAUAAGGGUGUCGUACCAAGAUUAGGCAGGGUUUGUCUUGAUGUGGCCAUCACCUUUAUGAUAUAUGACAGUAUUCAGGAACUCUUUACUAAAUUUUGGUAAAGAGGUAAUUUGAACCUCAGUAAGUUAAUAACUGAUUUUAAAAUGUAUAAUAUUAACAGGUUUUAGUAAGGAAUAUUUGUAUUUUACAAAAAAUUGUGACAAAUUUAUCUCAUCUUAAUCUAUCUGCUAUUGAUACGAAAUAAUGUUAACCUAAUUAUAAAAUAGAUACAAAUAAAACCUUUUUGCC